UUGAUAAUUCCCAUUAUGAGUGGUACAGAUGUCAGAUCUAUAUCCUUGGAGCAAUUCCAUAAAACGAAAUUGUGCCCGCACAUGUCAAAAUCAGUAGGAUGUAUACGAAGUAAACGAGCAGAAUGCCCAUAUGCCCACAGCCCACUGGAACUUAAAGAACCACCAAACCUACUGAAAACAGCCAUGUGCAAAUCACAUCUAAAAGGUAUAUGUAAAAAAGAUGCUAGCGAAUGCCCAUACGCACACAGCUACGCUGAACUACGCCAUACAGAUGGAUUUUACAAAACAUACCUCUGCAAAUACUGGCAGAAUGGCUAUUGCAAAGCAGGGAACAUGUGCAGAUACGCCCAUGGCACAGAAGAACUACGCAAUAAGGAUGAGCUCGCCUCAAUGGAACAUACAAAUGAAGGAGUUGUAACAAGUAUGGGAUCCACAGAAAAAGGGGAGGUACGCCAUAGGGAAACCACAACACCAACGGUACCCAUGGGAUAUUGCUUCGAUCGAGGAUCUGUAUAUGUAUACCCGUGCUACAGCAAUGUUAAUCCAUACUGCACCACACCAAGCGCACUGGAAACUAACACGUGGAUCAACAACCGAACGAAGGAACAGGAAGAAGCAUACUGCUUGAUGCACUUCUAUCUACAAAAGUAUAUUGAAUGCUGCUCGAAGCAGCAAAGAUAUGAAAACGACUAUAACCCACAUACAUACGCUAACGAAAACAAUUUUAAUGAUUAAAGUACAUGGCAACGAUGUCU